AUCUCCCGGAAACCCCCGUCUCACACUCUUGCCUUUCCCCAAUCUCCACCCCUCCAUCUCGUAGGGUUUCGGACUCACCAAACUCAGCCAUGGCUAUGCAAGCGGGCAUGGGAUUAUCUCGGAUCGUGAUCUUAGUCGGAGCAGGAUACACUGGCACGAUCAUGCUUAAGAACGGUAAAUUAUCGGACUUGCUUGGCGAACUUCAGUCAUUGCUGAAGGGAAUGGAAAAAUCUGGGGAUCAUUCAGACGGCGAUUCUGAAUAUUCCGAUGCCAUCGCAACCCAGGUCCGUCGACUGGCUAUGGAAGUUCGACAAAUAGCCUCAUCACGGCAAAUUACUGUUCUGAAUGGGAAUAGUGGUCAAAUUGGUUUAACAUCUCUUGUAGUUCCAGCUGCUACCUUGGGGGCGUUGGGUUAUGGCUACAUGUGGUGGAAGGGACUUAAAUUCUCAGAUCUUAUGUAUGUGACAAAACGUAACAUGGCUAGUGCUGUUUCAAACUUGACAAAGCAUCUGGAGAAUGUGUCAGAGGCUCUUGCUGCAACAAAGAGGCAUUUGACACAGCGGAUAGGGAACUUGGAUGAUAAAAUGGAAAAGCAGAAUGAGAUGUCAAAGUUGAUUAAGAAUGAUGUUUCUGAAGUUCAAAAAUCUCUGUCUGACAUUGGAUAUGACUUGAAUGAUUUACAGCGAUUGGUGGAAGGUUUGGAUGGCAAGAUAUGUACAUUGGAGGAUAAGCAGAAUAUUGCAAAUCUUGGUGUUAUGUACCUGUGCAACUUCGUUGAUGGAAAGAAAGGAGUGAUGCCUGAAGUUCUUAAGGAGCAACUUAAAAUUACUGGAAAGUCUCGUAGUUUACUCACAUAUGCAGAAACUCCAAGUCUUCAGGGUCUUAAGGAGAUUGCAGACAGUUUGCCUGGAGGUAUCAAUAGGUCAACUUCGGAUGCUAUUGUGCAAGAUGGUGUUGAUAGGUUGGAAGAAAAGCCAAGAACCCUGCUGAGGGCGCUCACUACCAAGUGUUGAAUACAAAUUUGUAGACGAGAUGGUAACUCGCCAUAUUGUGGUUCUUCGUCGAUGUGCUUAUUCUACAGUUAAUUUGGUUUGACUUGUUAGAGCAUCACUGUUACUGGAGAUUUCUUGUUUAAUUUCCAUAUAUAUAUGUAUGUAUAAAUAUAUUCUUAUCUUUCAAUAAUAUAUAUAUAUUCUUAUCUUUCA